AUGUCUAUCGAAUCUCAUCGAGCCCCAUUUCCCCGUCACCGUCUCGGAGGCUGGCUUCCAGCUGACCGUCAACGUCUGAUCAAAUGGACCAGAGGGCUCGUCAAGAAGGUCAACGACGACCCGCAGCCGUUGAACGAUGCGCUUCAGCAGUUCAAGGCCUUCAUCGAAGGGGAUCCGACUGUCCGCCAGCUCUUCACCCUUAUGUUUGAACAGGUUCCAGCCAUACCUCCAUACAACCAGGAUCCCACCGGGAAGCCAGAGAUUCGCAACUAUGAUGAGAUGCUGGCAGUGUUCAAUCUCUUGAUGACACAGGGCCCGCAUUGGAUAUACAAUACCGAAGGCCAGAAAGGGCUCAUUGGAUUUCCCAUCAACGCUGUCUUGGACUGGCCAAUGGGUACCGUGGCAGGGUAUGCUGCCUUCCUUCGCCCGGAUAUCAACGCGCAAUUCAAGGACGUGCUGGAUGCAUGGGCAAAAUAUCUUGCCUCGCCCGACUCUGCCUCGGUGCUCAGCAGCGAUCUCGAGGGCUGGUUCUGUCCCGAGGCUCUGAAUGUCAUGGCUGAAGUCGCCAGCGAGGCAGACCCUAGCCACCCAGUGACAUUUGAGGAGGCCUUCGUGUGUGAUCCGUCUAAGCCGGCGUACGGGUACACUUCGUGGGACGAUUUCUUCACCAGGAUAUUCCGGGAGGGACGCCGCCCGGUCGAGUACCCCGAAGAAUCCAUCGUCAUCGCCAAUGCCUGCGAGUCGACACCCUACCGUAUAGCCCGCAAUGUCAAGGCUAUGGACAAGUUCUGGAUCAAGGAACAGCCAUACAGCCUAAAGGACAUGCUGGGCGGAAGCGAGCUCACUGACCAAUUUGUCGACGGCACAGUCUAUCAAGCCUUCCUGUCCGCCCUAAGCUACCAUCGCUGGCACUCGCCAGUCACGGGCAGGGUCGAGAAAAUCAUGCAGCUUCCAGGCUCGUAUUAUGCAGAGAACUAUUGGGAGGGUUUUGCCAACCCUAACGUCAGUGUCGGACCCGACCCAGCUGCGCCAAACAACUCGCAGGGAUAUAUCUGCGCCAUCGCCACAAGAGUUGCAGUUUUCAUUCAGGCCGACGACCCCACCAUUGGCCUCAUGGCCUUUCUGGCGGUGGGAAUGGCCGAAGUCAGCAGCUGUGAGGUCUUUGUGAAGGAGGGCGCCACACUCAAGAAGGGAGAUGACCUGGGCACUUUCCACUUCGGCGGCAGCACUCACUGUCUCAUCUUCCGCCCAGAGGUAAAUGUCAAGUUUACGCCACAGGAGCCGUUCAAACAAAUAAACGUGCCUGUCCGCUCUGCGAUUGGAUUUGUCGUCAAGCCAGAAUGA